AUGCCGAUUCCCAGCGGGGGGCAGCAUCGGCGCCCCACCCUACCACGCAUUUCAGAAGAUGAGCCGGGACCGAAUCAGGCAUGGACGCACUGGCAGCAGUCUCUGCGAGAGCUUCACCAGCAGCAGAUCAUGUGCCUAGAGAGCUUCGAGACCCUAUUGCGAAGUGCGGAGACGUUCGGCCCCUCAGAGAGCGCAGCGAAGGGAGCGACGGAGCACAACAUGUCACUUCCAGAGCCCGUAGCCAUCAUGGAGCCUGACAACAGAAAGUGCAUCAAGGAUGACCCACCUUUCUGGAACCGGCCGAGAAAACAGAUUUCUGGCAUCAGCUCCAAUGCUGACCAACGCUUCGUCCCAUCGGAGCAUCGCCCCAGCAUCAUGUCACAAGCUGGCUACACUUCACUGGAUAUGAAGGGAUCCAUUUGGCGAAAGGUCUUGAUUCAGUCGAUGGUGCGCGACGACUCUGUCGUUCAACACGACUUCUACGAGCAGCAUGGCUGCCGCUGCGAGUCCUGGACACAGCUCCGCUACAGCUGCUUCCUCCUCGUCUCUCGGAAAUGGUUCGAAUAUUUGAUGGGCUUGGUCAUCGUGAUCAAUGCCAUUGCUGUCGGGUAUGAAAUCCAGUCGUCGCUGACCCACGUGUCUCCUUGGAUGUCCUGGAUCGACUUUGCAUUCGUGAUGAUCUACCUCGCGGAGUUAACGGUUCGAUUUCUUGCUUUCGGUAAGAAGUGCUUGUGCGAUCCGUGGUGCAUUCUGGACAUGAUCCUGAUUACCAUCGGCAUCGUCAGUCUUUUCACAAGCUCAACGGGCGUGGAAGUGCAGGAGAUGCAGACUUUCAUGGUAGUUCGUACGUUCCGACUGCUGCGGCUGAUUCGGGCACUGCGAUUGCUGAAGCAGUUUCGAACAGUUUGGCGCCUGGUGAGUGGCCUGCUGACAUCCGCAAAUGCUAUGCUGUCGACUUUGGUGCUGGUGAUUCUCACCCUUUACAUUGCUGCCUGCUUGGGCAUUGAAGUCAUCACCAAGGACAGCACUUUAAGCCAGGCGGACGAGACGUCAGGAAUCGUGAGCCAGUACUUCGGGUCACUUUUCAGCACUCUCCUUACGCUAUCCUCAUUCGUGACCCUUGAUUCCGUUGCACCAAUCUACUCGCCACUCAUUGCCCAGAAGCCGGGCCUUGCGUUUUACUUUUUCUUCAUCGUGCUCUUCGUCUCGGUUGCACUGAUGAACCUUGUCACCGCGGUGCUGGUGGAAGGAGCGCUCUCACACGCAUCAGCGGACAGAGAGGUGGAGAAGCUUGAUCUCCGCGAGAAGUUGCAGAAGCAGAUGCCAAGGCUACUCGCCAUUUUCGGCGAGAUUGACAAAGACGGCUCUGGUACCCUGACAAUGGAGGAGAUGUCUCACGUUCCUAUCGAUAUCAUUCCGGAAGAGCUGCGAGCGAAAACCAACAUCUCGUCCAUGCAUGACGUCUUCGAGAUGCUCGAUGUGGAUGGCGGCGGUGAGUUGUCGCGUGAGGAGUUUGUCGAUGGUCUCCUCAAUCUCUUCCUCCACGAUGUGCCGGCAACCUCCGUACAAACUCUGCGACUUUUGAGGCGCACUGUCCAGCAGUGCUUAGCUGUGGGGUUCGGGGUUGGGGAGUCUGAAUGGUGGAGUUGUUUCAGGGUUUCAGGCUGUCUGAUCUUCCAUAGUCAUGUUAGGGCUCUCAGUCAUUUGAAAUGGAAAGCAACACGAGGGCCUGCAAGCUUUCUACCUUUGUUUAUGAGCUCUCAGUCUUUUCUCUGGUUGCCUUAG